AUAACAAUACGAUCAAACUGAUCUUUUAUCAGAUUUAGAAGGGUGCUAAAUCAGUAAGAAGACAGACAAAUAAGUGAUCCUGUAGAUGAAGUUGUGUAUAUAACUAGUUUUUACAAGACCGAGAUUGAGUUCUCCGGAGUAUAAAAUUCCGUUAUAUCUUUUAACGUUUUAACAUUAAUGUCUUAUCAAACUUAAUAUGUAGACAGAUAUUUAGGACAUACAAGAUGGCUACCGGUGGUAAGUUAUCUAGACGGUUCGAGGGCGAACAUGAACCGUUUUAUGACUUUGCAUGUUCUUUAUGUGAGGAAGAAGGAAGACAUAUAGAAGCUGCUAGAUAUUGUGAAGAAUGUUUUGUUUACAUGUGUGACUCUUGUGUUAGAAAUCACAACAAAUUUCCGCUGCACAGGAGUCAUCAGUUGCUAGAGCAAAGCCAGUUUGGGAAAGUGACCAAGUCUAAACUUGUUUCACUUCCGACAAAGCGAUGUUUGAAACAUCCUGGGGAACUGAUGAAUAUUUUCUGUGGAAACCAUGACGUCGUAUGUUGUAGCUCAUGCAAGGUUCUCGAGCACAGCAACUGUGAUAAAACCAAACAUUUGAUCGAUGCGGCUAAAGGUAUACAGAAAAGCAAAGAGUACCAAACUGUCAAACAAGAAACCCGUGCUCUCCUGAACGAUGCCGUUAGAGUUCUUGCAGACCGAGAAACAGAUAUUUCUCGUACCGAGGCUGAAAAACAAGAAGUCAAGCACAUUAUUGCUGACUUUAGAAACAAAGUCAAUAAGAAGUUUGAUGACCUGGCGCAAAAAACUCUCAAUGCUUUAUAUGAUAAAGCGAAAAUUAUCGUAAGCAGUUGCGAACAAGAUACAAAAGAUCUUGCUGUCAUAAAAUCAACAGCUGAGGACACGUUGAAACGGCUGGUGUCAUUCACUGGAGAUAAUGAAUGCGAUCUGUUUUUACAAGUCAAAACCGGCAAGAAGUUCUUGAGUAAUGCUAAACAGGAAGUUUGUACUAUCUCGGAGACGGUACAGAAAGAUGCUAUUACUUUUAGGAUAGACCAGGAAAUCGAGCAAUACUUUAGUUCAGUUGAUAUGUUGGGCACCUUUACAGAUAUCUCUAUGAACGCAAAUCAACUUUCAUCAGCAACCACAGACACGCAUGAGAGCCAGUCAUGUACAUCUACGUCGUCCCCACAGACGUCUCCGGAUAAUCGUUAUCCGCGUUCUAAAUACGAAACACAGCUAUAUGCUCAAAUUGAUGUAAAAGAGAAAUCUGAUAAAAAGGUGUGUAGUAUAUCAGGCAUCUGUCAGCUACCAGACGAAACAAUCCUUAUUGUUGAUUAUAACAAUAAUAAGCUGAAGAGACUAGACCAGUCAUAUAAACUUCUCGAUUCGCUGCGACUACACAAUGGUCCAUGUAGUAUAUGUAAUGUUGGUUCUGAUGAGGUUGCUGUGUCUCUGCUUUUUGCUCAGAAAGUUCAGUAUAUAUCUGUAAAAAAGAAACUGAGAUUGACGAGGUCGUUCAGUACAGGUAACAUCUGUAGAGGAAUUGUUUAUGCUGAAGAUAAACUAUAUGUCUGUUGUGGCUAUAGAUUUGAUUCAUCUUCCUGUUGUAUAGAAGUGUAUAACAACGUUGGUCAGUUACAUCAUUCUAUAAGUGGACUUUCUCCCGAUCACUGGUAUAUCACAGUCACAGAUGAUGGUCAGCAUCUUCUUGUUACAAGCUGGAGCAGUAGUAAGAUAACUAUGCUGGAUCUGACUGGUAAUGUAGUCAACACGUUCAGUAAUAGGGACUUGACAGCACCUAAUGGCAUAUGCACUGAUGGUAAAGGCCAGGUCUUUAUCUGCGGGAUCACCAGUAACACAGUUGUACAGUUGGAACCCAAGCAGCAGAAGAUAGACGUGAUCCUGGGAGAGAAAGAUGAUAUCAAGAAGCCUUUUCAAAUUUGCUUAGACAGAAAGCAGUCGAGAAUAUUGGUUUCUUGUGAUGAAUCAUCUUAUUUGUUAGUAUUCAGUUUGACAUAGGGCCUAAGGAAUCGAAAGAAGAACAUCUGAAAACAUCGGCACGGAUAUCAUUUGAAGAUAUAUAAUUCUUUUCGCUUAAACAUAGUGAAUUAGAAAAGAACUACUUCGCCUCGUAUUGUUCCUGACGGACCACUGCGGGGCGCUAUUUCGCGCUCUUGUGAGCAAUAUUUUCUCACAUUGCGGAGUGGUUAGUUCACUUCAGCGCUUGGUCACUCGACUGUCAACAUGUCCGUAGAAAAUUUUUCUUUGACAACAGAUAAUAAUACUUUGAUAACGGCACAUUUAGCUGAGAUUUCCCGACAGCUCUCACAGCAUAGAAAAGAAGGUAUAGCCUUGAGAGAAGAAGACCGUGGUACUAACGCUACAGUUGGCAAAGAAGUCAACAAAUUAAAGUCGGACAUUGAUAUUCAGCGGAAACGACAGGGCAAUAGAAUACAGUACGUAUUUAACUUUGAAAUUAUUGACUUUUUGAAACAAACUGUUUGGGCUAUUGACAAUAGCAAACCACAAUAUUGUCGAGAAGUUCUAAAUGAGGCAUUGGAAAAUGUCAACAAAGUUAACGUCAGAAAAUUAUUCGUAUCGCCGACAGCUAUGAAGGAGGCUGAGACAUAGUCAAUUGCUACACUUCUAACCCAAUGGAUAGCGAUUCUGAAAACGAAACUAAACUUCGCAAGGCCAAAAAUCAGGCUCUCAAGAGACGGAAAUCAAAGUUGGCCCAACGUUUGCAGUCAGCACGUAAAGCACCUCCUGCUUCUGUUACUUUUGGUGCUUUGUUCAACUAUCUGCUUAUCGUAACUACCCUCAGAAGGGAAUAUUUCAACAUUUCCAACAAGGGGAGGAAGGUUUUUUCGAGGCUCCGGCAACUUCUAAGCUAGACCAGUCGCCUACGGCUCAUGCUUUUCAUGUGGCUCCUUCGAACACUUUCGACGAUCAUGUCCCUAAUCCGCUACAGGGUUCGACAGCGACAGAUCCGGUCAGGUGUCCGCCAAAAAGUAGAGAUUCUCAAGAAUACACUAUGGACGAUGAGUAUUUUUCACAUUCUGUUAGUUUCAGUUAAAAAUGCAGAUUCAAAAUUGACAAAAGACUAUUUUGAAUAUGAAUCUGUACAAAAAGACAGUUUGGUUAGAAGUCGUUUGAGAGAUUAUUUAUCUUUUUGGCAAUCUAUAGGUGCAAGUAAUUUUAUACUUGAUACUAUUUCACAAGGCCAUAAAAUACCUUUUUUAUUCAGAACACGCGUCUUUAUUUUUAUGUAUCAAUAAAUCUGCUUUAGAUAACAGCGAUUUUGUAAGUGAAGCUAUAUCAGAAUUAUUGGAUAGAAAUUUAGUCGAGCAAUGUGACUGCAUUCCUAACAUAGUUAAUCCGCUCACAGUUUCAGUCGGAGAUAACGGAAAAAACGUCUGAUUCUUGACCACAAAGUAGUAAAUAAACAUUUAUUGAAACAGUAUUUCAGGUAUGAAGAUAUCAAAGUCGAAUUAUCUUUUUUGGACAAAAACUUUUGGAUGAUUAAAUUUGAUAUACUUCAUUGAAAUUUUUCCAUCACAUAUUAAAUUUUGGGGUUUUUCAUGGAAAGACAAAAAGGGAAUUACCAAGUAUUAUAAAUGUUUAGUAUUACCAUUCGGAUAAUCAACAAUUAAGUCUAUUAAAAUAUAUUUAGCAAGGUUACAAGACAAUUAAUUUCAAAGUGGAGAGCAGAAGGUAAAAAAGUACUUAUGUUUCUAGACGAUGGUUUUGGGUGCGAUUCUAGUUAUGAAGGUACUUUAUCUCUCGGGGUUUCAGUCAAACAGGGCCUCAUUCUUUAAGGGUUUGUUCCCAAGUCAGAAAAAAUGUAUUUGGGUACCAGUACAACAUUUACAAUACCUAGGAAAUGAUAUUGAUUCAGUAUCUGAAUUGAUAUCCACACCUCAAACUAGAAUUGACAAAAGUCUUAAGACAUUGGAUAAUUUGUCAUAUAGCAUUGUGAAACACAUGUUCAAUCGCUGGCUAGUUUUGUUGGUCAAGUGAUUUCAAUGUCUAUUGUCAUAGGUAAAAUUUCUCAAAUUAUGACCAGAUUUGUUAGUAUG